GCAUCACCCGCGCGCUUGAACCGACAACAAGCCUACGCAUCCGCGACAAGUCAGUGACAUUGAUUUGUGCUGUAGGAGCCACGGACUGAGAGUAGUGCGUGUUCUUUGAAUUGUCUAGCGACUCUUUUGCCGGUCUUUGUAGCGAACCGCAACGUCGUAUUACGCACUCGCGAGCUGCCGCCGCAUCACAUCUUCGAAAGGACUAUACCGCUACGCCACGGCCUGGUAAUGGAAUCAUAAUGUCGUCGGGGGAUUUGGAACGCAAGUUGAAGCUUGCAGGCGCAAGACUUGGCCAGCGAUCAUGGACGUGGGCCAAUGGACCAGGACGGCGAUUAGCAGCGACGCUUCUUCAUCAUAUACGCCGGAAUCUGUCAGCGCGACGUCUGCUGAGCUUCCCUCAUUUCUUAUUUGGCUGCUGGGUCAUCAUACUUCUCUGGGGCGAGACGUGGGUGUUUGAGAGCAAGGUGCAACGGUGCGAGUGGAAGAACUGGGAGCAAUGGCCCAAAGGUGCACAGCCGCAUCAUCUUAUUCUUAUUGCCGAUCCUCAAAUUACCGACCCUCACUCAUACCCCGGCAGACCGUGGCCACUGUCGUCGCUUACCGUCACGAUUACCGACAACUACCUGCGACGAGGAUACAAGGCCUUGCAGUCAAAGCUGCAGCCAGACAGCUUGUUCUUCUUAGGCGAUUUAUUCGACGGCGGUAGAGAGUGGAAGACCGCACAUGGAGAUUUUGUUGACCCGAAAUGGGGCUACGACCGAUCUGCUACAGAGAAGGCGUGGGUUAAGACAUGGCACCGCCGGUAUGGCGAGGAUUAUUGGAUCCGCGAAUACCAACGUUUCGCCAGCAUAUAUUUCGAUAACUGGAAGGACGGUGGCUCUUCAACACGGCCGUGGCAACGAGGAAAGAAGCUCGUGGCCAGUUUGCCCGGAAACCACGAUAUCGGCUUCGGAGCGCAGAUCCAAGUGGCCGUCAGAGACCGAUUCGAGGCACAUUUCGGAGACGUUAACCGCGUUGAUAUUAUCGGCAACCACUCCAUCGUAUCCGUCGACACGGUAUCGCUAAGCGCAGACACCUCGACAUACAAAGAUAGCAAGGACCUGGAACCCAUUUACGGUCCCGUCAACAAAUUCCUCCGGGACGUAAAGGCAACGAAGCGAAAGAUGGUACAAGAAGAGCUGCAGGUGUGGCACGACAUUGACCGCGACAUGCGCUUCGAUCACAAAGUAGAGAAUACAGAGGAUGUCGAAAACUCGCGUUGGCUUCGAGAUCCCGGCGAGGACGCACCUGAUCUGCCCACGCUUCUGCUCACCCACGUUCCGCUCUAUCGCAAGCCGGGUACACCUUGCGGCCCUAUGCGUGAGCACUGGCCGCCUACGAAGCCUCCUAAGGGCCAGACAGGCCCUGUUAUUCCUGACAACCGCAACGCCAUCACCGUCACAGCCGGUUAUCAGUACCAAAACGUGUUGAACCCCGAGGACUCUGUCAAGCUGCUCAAGAGCAUCGGUAACGUGGUACACGCCUUCUCCGGCGACGACCACGACUACUGCGAGCUCGAGCACGACAGCAGCCAGGAAAACGUGCGCGAAAUCACCGUUAAGAGCAUCAGCAUGGCGAUGGGCGUGCCCACACCUGGCUUCCUCAUGGUCAGCAUGUACAAUCCCAUUGACGCUCACGGCAAGCCCAUCUCCGGGGCUCCCAAGAAGACGCUACAAACGCACUUGUGUCUUCUUCCGAACCAGUUCCACACAUACAUGACAUAUAUCUUCCUCGGCAUCUUCACACUGGGCCUCCUCGCCGCGCGCGUGCUGCUUAUGCCCAUCCUCCACCUGACACCGUUUGCUCUGGAGCCUGAGCAAAACAGCCCGCUUCCCAUGUACAAGGACAAGAUGGAUCCCCCACUGUCCAACGGCUCACACUCGUAUCAGUCUAGUGCACGCCGCAUGUCGGUAACUGCGACAUCGAGCUCCAACGGCUCGGCGCGAUGGUCAUCCAAGAAGAACCGCAAGGGCGGCCGCGGCUGGGGAUGGACUGGCGACAACGCUGGCCCCCGCAUCAACCUAGACAAUGACUUUUACGACGGCGGUAAGACGUGGAAGACGGGCAAGGGAAGACAGGCGAUUGGCGUCCUAGGCCGUGAGCUUUGGACAACCACCUGGAGAACGUCGUGGCUCGUCGUGCUCUACUGGGUAUACCUGACACGAAAGGGCUAAGAUCUCCCCAAAAAUUUUGGAUUUAUUGCACAAGAAGACUCAAAAAGAAGCUGCUUAAGCUGCAUAAUAAUUUCUUCAUUACACGGAACGGAAACCCAUGUGUUGUUUGGGCUUGAGACUUCUUUUUGUAUACACUUUUAUAAGGGGAGGAUGGUGGUAUUUUAUUUUUGCAUAGACGGCGGGUAUUGCAUUGCCGUGACAUAUUUUGUCUUGUUCAACUAGUCAGUUUCUGUUCUCUUUUCUCUAUUAUCUGUACAAUGAAAUACAAGGCUCUUUUUUCUCAACAUGUUCCGCAACCCCGAGGCUGGAUCCCUUCCCUCAGCAAAGCGAACACGAACACUCCUUGUACAUCCGUCGGCUGUUCCACGUGGUUCAUCCAAGCGAACCAGUUCUUCUAAAUAUAUCACGAAAAGAAAAAACUGCUUUGACGCCAUCGCCCGCGCAGAUAUAGCCGCCGUGCCUGCCUGUCCACGUGCAUACUAAGCAUCCACGAAAAAAUGUCCCCGAACGCCCGCAGCAGCCCUGCUAUUUUUGGCGUCCUGGCUCUUCUAGAUCGCCGUCCAUGUGCCGCGUAUGCAGGACAAGAGCCGUAAACCGCUAAAGAAGAAUUCGCCGAACCCGCCCGUUUUUUAUAUGCUGUGCAUGCAAGCCACGCCGUCCGCUCACAUGCAGAGCAGAACAGAGCAAAAAGCGAGGCGGCAGUGAACCUACCCGCUUAUCGUGUCCCAGCCUCCCGCCGAGUGAGUAAUAUAUUGGUCCCCGUAGUGGUGCAAGGAACGACAGCCUGCUGCUGCUUCAUGUGCGGUUGCCUGCGCGGCGGGUGACGCCCAGUCUUUCGUCGCGUGUUCUUCGCUGCGCCGACGGGCUGGACUGGACGCCUUCCAUGGCUUGUUGUUGCUGGUUUCCUUGAGCCUGUUGCUCGGCUUUGGCUGCAGCUGCUGCGGCACGCGCCUGUUGGGCGGCGGCGAGAGCUUCGUGUGCGCGGCGGUCUUCGUAGCCGGCGACGUCUUCAGCUGUGAUUUGGAUGGUGGUGGGUGGGCGGCGGAGCAUGCUUACUUCGAGGGUGUCUGUGUCUGUGUAUGCCUUUGUGUGUGUUUUUGUGACAACGGGCGUAGAUGGUGUUCGUGAUCAAGGGAACAUGCCAUGUCGUUGGAAGAAGCGCAGCAAACGCGUUAAGUGGCGGGAGGAAGGGCCGCCGCCACCACCCGCUAAGUCCACUAACAAGUUAGCGGGUGACAGGGCCUGUUAGCACUGUACUGGAAAAGCACUGCCUUACAAACUAGACGCUGGCUUACAGGCUGCUGUUACAUCACAAUCACUUUUAGAAAGAUUUGCACCAUUUCGGGGAUAAAAUGAUUUUUUAAUUUGGUUAAUAUUCAGAGACAGUAAAGGAAAUAAAUAAAAGACCAGGUGGUGCUUCAAGCACGGCCAAUAUACUCCGGAGUGAAUGCUUGCCGCGAGCCGUCGCCAGCUCGCUAUGCAAUUUUGGGUAUCAAAUAAAUCAAAACAACAAUUCUAAAUGCUCAGGUGUUCCACCCAUGUCCAUGUCCAUGUCCAUAUUCCACAUUUCUCUUUGUACAUGUUAACAAAUUCCUUUUUACCAAAUGUUCUCAACGCACACGUCGUCAGGCGACUCGUACGAAGGAGCAGCAUACAUGGCGGAGGGGUUCCAUUCCAAAAACUGGCCCAAGUCGUUGUUCAUGUUGCAAGACAUGGGCGAGUCUUGGGCAGGUUCAAUGUCCUCAACCGGGGAUACGCUUCGUGAUCGCUUCUGCAUCUGGAAGCGAGACGAAAGCCGGCGGGAUACGGUCAGCUUCUCAGGGCCAACCAGAGACUCAGGGUCAAAGCUGUAGUAGUCCGAGUCGGGAGAGCUGGAUCGGCUGUUGAUGGCGCCGACAAUAUGAUCCUCAAGCAAGGUGCUGACGGGGAUGGGGAAGUCCACCUCGUCAGAAGCAAUGGAAGAGGCGCUCGACUCUCCAGAGGAAAUGUUGAGCAGCGGGAUGUAAGUGACGUCUUCUUCCAGAUCGUCUGGGACAAGCUCGCCAUGAGAGUCGAAGCCAAAGGUGUCAAACCAGUCCGCCAUGUCAUCUGCAAACUCGCGGGCCUCAUCCUCAGCCAUACCAGAGAUCAAGUCGCCAGCACCGCACAUAAUAGCGAGCUGGAACUCGGACCAGUUGACGUCGCCGUUCUGGCCAAUCUUCUUUCUGGGGAUCAGGUGCACGGUACCGCGGGAGCGGAGAGUACCCUUGCGGAAAGGACCGGCCUUCUUUAAGCCAUGAACAGACGCCAGGCGAGAAAAUGCACCAAGCUUGGUGGAGGUCGGUGACAGGAGAUUCUCUGGAAUCGUAGGCAGCUGUGUCAUGUUCAUGCGUGCAGCAAACCUAGCUGGGUUCUUCACAGGAGGGGGAGGAGCUGUGAAGGUCUCGACAGGCUCAGCAGGCUUCGCUGGCUCUGGGACAGCCACAGGUGUUUCAACAACCACAGGCUUAGCCUCGGGCAUAGGCUCCAAGGCGACAGGCGUGGCAGCCGGUCGGCUGUGCUUGGGAGGUACCACUGGAGGCACUUCUGUUACAGCUGGAGCAAUUUCAUUGACCUUGGCUGCAGUUCUGGCUAGGUUGCGGGGGUACUGUUCCUCAAGAUGGAAAGUGUCUUGAGGAACAGGGAGGGUAGAACCAGGGCUGGGACUGAAAAGGGGUGACGGUCUAUUCGAGUCCAUAGGCCAUUUGCCAGUCUCAAGGAAUAGGGAUUCUCUUGUCCACUCGGCAAUGUCGUUUUUGAGGUAAUCAGCAUGGGCGGCGGCAGCGGCCGUCUCAUCCAAGACAAGGCUCUCAGGGCGUUUGGAGCGACCUGAGCUAAUGAGAUCAGAGACGCUCUCAGAUACUGUAAUUCGAAUAGCCUUGGUAUUGAAUCGCUUGGGCCAGCCCAGCUUUUCGCCAAUCUUCUUGGCAGGCUUCUUCUUUGUUGACUUCUUGCGUGAGCUGCUGCUGCGUUGGGUAGCAGUUCGGCCAAUGCGGAGGGAAACACGAGCCUUCUUUGGCUUCUUUACGGAUGGGCGGCGGCUAAUAGAUGUGGUAGAGGAGGGUGUAGGAAUGGCGGGAGGAUAGUUCGUCUUCUUGACGGAGUGGGUGACCAUGGUAGGUGCGGGUCCUUCGACGGUUGUCUCAUAUCUUUGAGUGAUGAUGUCAUCGAUGCCUGUAGGGCUGCUGUUGUCCGAGAGAGGGCUAACGAUAAUGUCCAAAUCAGUUCUACUCCCUGAAGGGGGAGUUCUUGAUGGCGAGCUAAGGCUAGGAGCCAUGGGAGACUUGAGGAGAAGCUCCUCCUCCGCGGUCUCGUAGAGAGACUGCUCUGGUCGGGCUGGUCUGGCAGGAGGCAUA